CCCAGAUUCGUGGUAAAACAGGACCUCUGUCACUACAAUGUCCGCUUAGCUGAGAAGAAGAAGCAAGUGCCAGUGCGCUCCUCCAUCCAGCUCCUUUCCCAUGAGACAAGAACAUCUUUCCUGACCGAUUUGCAACUUGUUUUCACGCGGCUCAAGUGGGAUUCACGUCGCGCGGCAUAUUCUCAUUUCUGCUGCUUUCCGCGGAAACACACUCGAGGACCAUGGAGGCCAAUUCGACGGCGGACGGCGCUGAGGAGCAGCUCCGCGAAAACUACCUUCCCAACGCGGCCGGAGAGGGUGAGCCCAGGCGUGAGAUGGAGCUGGUGGAGGCCUUGCCGGAUGAGGAGGAAGAGGUGGAACACCAGCCGCUGGAGGCCGAGGACCUGAACUUUGAGAAGUGGAAGCCCAAGCCCAAGCCUAAAAAGACAUUCAAGCAGAAGAUGGCGGAACUCAAGAAAUACGUGUGGAACCCAGAAACAAGGGAGUUCAUGGGUCGCUCUGGCAAGAGCUGGAGCCUCAUCCUGCUCUUCUACUCGGUGCUCUACGCUUUCCUGGCCGCCAUGUUUGCAGCUUGCAUGUGGGCGCUGAUGUGGUCCAUCAACCCCUAUGCCCCCACGUACAACGACAGGGUAAUGCCGCCAGGAAUGAUGAUGUUGCCACGCAGCUAUAAUGGAUUUGACAUCUCCUUCAAUGCCUCUGACGUCAGCUCCUGGAUCAAGUAUGUGGAGACCUUGCAGGAGUACCUAAAACCAUACGACGAUGCCUUGCAGGAGCAGCAGAACGUCUACUGCACAAAGGAGGGGUACUAUAUGCAGGAGGAAGAGAAGGAGAGUGCGCAGCGGAGAGCAUGCCAGUUCAAACGGUCCUGGCUGAAGGACUGCUCAGGGCUUCAGGACCCUGACUUUGGCUAUUCUCAGGGAAAGCCAUGUGUCCUGCUCAAGAUGAACCGGAUUCUUGGAUAUUUACCGGGCCAAGGCACACCAGUGUACGUCACUUGUACGGUAAAGAAAGGAGAACAAAAGAACAUUGGAAUUAUGGAAUUCUAUCCCAGUAAUGUGUUCAAGCUGAUGUACUACCCCUAUUAUGGGAAACUGAGACACGUGAACUACACCAACCCCCUGGUGGCGGUGCGCUUCAGUGAGGUGCAGCUCGACACGCAGAUCAGCGUACAGUGCAAACUCCAUGGCAAGGGCAUCAUCAAUGACUCGCCCACUGACCGCUUUCUUGGCAGCGUCUCCUUCACGCUUUUGGUUGGCGCGUAGGCCGGGGGCCUUCUCAAGCCACGGGCUGCCACCGCUACGGACGGGGCCUGCUCACAUUGAAGAGCAACGGGUAGCUGAAGAGCCCAUACCGUUCAGAGCCGAUUGCAAAAGGAAGACUGUAGAACAGGCCUUCUACACGUUCGAUUUCACCCAACCUCGUGCCUUAUGCAAGUGUUUUUAACCCCCCAAUCAUACAGUUGCAGCUGUGCCUUGAGUUAAAGUGUACCAUUUUGUAACAAAGCAUAGAAAUACAUGUCAUUAAUUCAGGAAAAACUAACAUUUGCUUAUUUGAUAAAGGAGAAAAAGUAGACCUUGCAACCAUUAUGUAAAUCAUGCUCUUCAGUAGUUAAUGCCCACUCCCCCCCAAAAAACAGACAUGAAGCUUCAGGAUAUAUUAAAAAGUCCACACCACCCGCAUUUAAGAAAUUAAAGUCUUAGCUCCCCUUCAUUCAUUGACAAUUUCUACUUUUUUUAUAAAGUAUUUCCUAUAAUUUUAACCCCACUUACAGGGAAAUGUGUGGGAUACUAGGUAGUGAUAAGUGGUCUUAAAUAGCUCUUCAGUUCCUUUGUUCAAAAAUUGGUAUUACUGUACAUCAACACAUCUAAUAUUUCUCCACUUUCAUUUACCAGCAGCCAGAGGGGGAACAAACCCAUCUGGUGUCAACCUGCUGUUUGUAAAAGUUAGAUAUUUGCUGAUUUCCUGUGGUUUAUUAUUUUAGGAUCACAAUAGUUGCAGCAAUUAUAUUUCAUUCUAUACUACUAAAAUAUGUUCAACAAAAUGGGUUUUUGUGUGCAGUAAAGGUUUUCCAUAUGAUCAGAAUGUAGGUGUAGCUUUACUGUAUUGUGUAAAAGGCAUCAAUGCACUGCUGGUGUAAUUAUAAGCAAUGUGUUCACAAAUGUUUCAGUUUCAAGUUAAAUGUACAUUUUACAAUUUAUUUCAAACCUAGUUUUACAAUAAAUGUAUCAAGCCCCCUCCCAGUUAAAAUGUAUUGCCUGAAUUGGAAAAACAAUGCUUGCCGGAACACUAGUAGGUUUAAAAUACCUCCUGUGGUCAGUUAAAACUGUAUUUUUAUGUUUUACCCAAACAUUAAGGAAUUUAUUGUAAUUAAAUAUUUAACUUUACUUACAUUUUCAGAUCCAUUGAAAAUGAAUGUUGAUGUGGCAUUAAGUGUUAAUUAUGUUAAAGAGACUAUGGUUUUAAAACUGUUUGGAUAUUUAUCCAGUUCAGUGCAUAUGUAGACAUUCUAUGUGGAAUAGUCUGGUAAAUUGUCUGAUGGUGCAGCAAUUCAAAUAAACACAUGAAACUAAAUUGACUAAUUUAAA